GGAAAACUCUACUGGAACUGUCUAGUGUCCCACUGUACUUGACUUUUGAGAAGUUAACAUUUUACUCUAAAACAGAAGUCUAUUAAGCUAGAGAAAUGAAGAACCCACAGGAGAGAGCUCUUCACGUGGCCACCCCACUGAGGGAGAGCCUUGCCCUAACCAAAGUGGCAGGCACCUCUGUCUAUCUGAAGCUUGACUCAUCCCAGCCCACAGGAUCCUUCAAAAUCAGGGGCAUUGGACACCUUUGCAAGACAUGGGCCAAGCGAGGCUGUGAGAGAUUUGUCUGCUGUUCAGGAGGAAAUGCUGGUAUGGCUGCUGCCUACUCUGCCCGUAAGCUUGGUGUACCUGCCACCAUCAUCGUGCCCAGUGUCACACCCAAACCAACAGUGGAGAGGCUGAGGGACGAGGGCGCCAAUGUGGUGAUUCAUGGCAAGGCGCUGAAUGAGAGCAUUGAAUAUGGACAACAGCUUGUGGCCAACAACCCUGGAUGGAUCUUCAUCUCUCCCUUUGAUGAUCCUCUCAUCUGGGAGGGCCAUAUGUCUCUGGUGAAGGAGCUGGAGUCCGAGCUGCAGGAGAAGCCUGGUGCGAUGGUGUUGUCUGUUGGCGGUGGAGGCCUCAUGAACGGGGUUGUUGAAGGACUGCGCCGUGCCGGCUGGAACGAUGUUCCAGUCAUAGCCAUGGAGACUGUGGGAGCACACAGUCUCAAUGCUGCUAUGAAGGCUGGGAAGUUGAUCACUCUGACUGAGAUCACAAGCAUUGCCACCACGUUGGGCCUGACAAGAGUAUCUGCACAGACCCUGAAACUUGCUGGUGAACACACAGUUUACUCCGAGCUGGUCACAGACCAGGAGGCUGUCAAAGCUGUCGAGCGCUUUGUUGACGAUGAGAAGGUCCUGGUGGAGCCUGCGUGUGGCGCUGCCCUGGCAGCUGUGUACUGUGACAUCAUCCCCAGACUGCAGAAGGAGGGCAAGCUGGCGCGGGACCUGGGACCUGUGGUGAUCGUGGUGUGUGGAGGCAACAACAUCAGCAUGAAACAGCUCCAGAAACUGAAGAAGCAGCUGGGCAUGUCAUUUAGCUAGACAGACAGACGGCUUUGCGUCCUGCUUAUCCUUUCUCCAUCACUCCAUUCCUCUAUUACCCCGAUCCUUCCAGUUAAAGCUCCCCUACCUCAUUGGGUACUACC